UUUCCACAGGAAGCGUUAGCUUGAUAUAGCCGCUAACAGACGUUUUAUUUGCGGAAGACUUUGUAAUCAAACGGAAACACGGAAAAGAAGCAUGUUAAACUUUCGUAAUGAAAACAGUGAACUUGUAGCUGAGCAGCGAAGCACUAAAACCAAAUAUUUCAGGUGAAGAACAUGGCAGACGCAGAGCGGCUAGAGCUCGGAGGAAACCCGGACUGGAUGUCCAGUCUGCCCGAGGAGCUGCUGGAUGUCCCGCUGUGGAACCUGGCUUUACCCGGGAGCCAUGACAGCAUGUCUUUCUGUCUGGAUGUCUUCUCUCCUGUCCUGAGAUCAGAGCCCUGCCUCCUCAGAUUGAUUGACAGGUUGUUUCCCUGCUGGACUCGACCCUGUGUCUCCCGCUGGGCCACCACACAGCAGUCAGUCCUCAGUGAUCAGUGUGAUCUCGGUAUUCGUUUCUUGGACCUGCGGAUCGCCAGGAAGCCAUCGGGAGACAGCAAAUUGUUCUUCGCCCACGGCAUCUACACACUGAUGACUGUGAAGGGGGCUCUGGAUGAACUGGCUAACUGGUUGGAUGCUCAUCCAAAAGAGAUUGUAAUCAUUUCCUGCUCGCAUUUCGAAUCGCUGACUGACGAAGAUCACGUCCAACUUGUGGAGUUCAUCGUCGCGCUGUUCGGGAAGAAACUCUGCUCCUCACAGGACACUCCCACUCUGCGUUCCUGUUGGUCCAGAGAUCAGCAGGUCGUUAUUUCCUAUGGCAACCAGCAGGUGGUGCUGCAGCACCCUGAGCUGUGGACUGGAAUACCUUACUGGUAUGCCGACAGCCCAGACCCUAAGAAGGUGAUUGCCUACCUGGAGGACCUGAAGCGCAGAGGAAGACCAGCUGGUUUUUACGUCAGCGGUCUGAACCUGACAGAAGACGCUCCUUACGUCCUCCUCCAUCCCCUCCAGAACAUGAGGAAGAUGACGAUGAGGGCUCUCUCGCUGCUGCUUCGCUGGGUGAGCGAGCAGCGGCCGGGGCGUGAGGCAGGCGGAGUCAACAUCCUCAGCUGUGACUUUGUGGGCGUCGGCCAAUUCUGCUCACUUGUGAUUGGCCUAAAUUACAAACUGCUGGGUGGAGACAUCACGCUCCCUGCUCGUCCAGGAGCAUCUUCCUCAGAUGUCACUGACUGUUGACAUAGCAACUGGCGAUCCAACAUAAGGAAACAAAUCUAAGAAGUCAGUUUGCUUUCCCCCACUCAGAAAGUGUCAAUUAAUAAUUGUUAUUUUACCUCUCAAAUAUGUCUAAUCAUGUGAUUAUGUUGCAUAUUGUUUUUGGAUCAUCAUAUUUAUGUUUCACUCUAAUCUCUUGUACAUUACGGACCAUAGCUUCACUUGUUAUUUUCAAAUUGUACAUAUUCAGUUUUUCCUAUUGUAAUUUUGUACACUUUUGUUUAACUGCAUGUUAUGUAAGAUGUUGCUAUUUUGGAAUAUAUAUAUAUACACACUUUUCAUACAUUAUAUAAAUAAAUAAAUACUUUAAUAUA